AAAUGGCUCCUCCUGCAAGAGAUAAACGGAGCUGAGGGAGGCUAAGAAAGGGGCAGCAGCGAGAAAAACGUAAAUAACACCCGAAAAACGCAACUCGCCUUUGCCAGCGCCGUAGUGCUUUACACCAGGAAGCCUGCUGAGUUUACAUUUGCAUGUUAAGAUUAUCGGUCACAACAGGAGGGCUGGGUUUGCGUUUAAUUUUAAAUAACCAAAUCCGCAAAUGAACUCCGUCAGAGCGACCAGCAGAAGACCCAGGCGAGUGUCGAGGCCGCGUCCGGUGCAGCCGGAGAGGCACAACGGAGAAAGAGAUGAUGAAGUUCCUGCAGACAUGGUUGCUGAAGAAUCUGGUCCUGGAGCUCAGAAUAGUCCCUAUCAACUACGAAGGAAGUCUCUGCUGUCCAAGAGGACUGCUUGCCCAGGAAAGAGCCCUAUGGAGGGAGCCUCUACUUCAGCCACAGAAACCUUUGGGCCUCGAGCCAAGAGGCCCCGGAUCUCAGGGAAAUCUCUGGAUCUGCCAGCUGCUCCAGCUGAGCAGUACCUCCAGGAGAAGCUGCCCGAUGAGGUGGUCCUGAAGAUCUUUUCCUACCUGUUGGAGCAGGACCUCUGUCAGGCAGCACGUGUGUGCAAGCGCUUCAGUGAGCUGGCCAAUGACCCCAUCCUCUGGAAGAGGCUUUACAUGGAAGUAUUUGAGUACACACGCCCUAUGAUGCACCCUGAGCCUGGAAAGUUCUACCAGAUUAAUCCUGAGGAGUAUGAGCAGUCAAACCCCUGGAAGGAGAGCUUUCAGCAGCUGUGCAAGGGAGCUCAUGUCAAGCCUGGCUUUGCUGAGCAUUUCUACAGCAACCCUGCCAGGUACAAAGGACGGGAGAACAUGUUGUACUACGACACCAUCGAAGAUGCUCUUGGUGGCGUACAGGAAGCUCAUUUUGAAGGACUUAUAUUUGUCCACUCUGGGAUUUACAAUGACGAGUGGAUCUACAUCGAGUCACCCAUUACCAUGAUUGGCGCUGCACCUGGGAAGGUAGCAGAUAAGGUGAUUAUCGAGAACACCCGGGACUCCACAUUCGUGUUCAUGGAAGGAUCUGAGGAUGCCUAUGUGGGCUACAUGACCAUCAGGUUCAACCCUGAUGACAAGUCUGCCCAACACCACAAUGCCCACCACUGCUUAGAGAUCACUGUAAACUGCAGCCCGAUUAUAGAUUACUGUGUCAUACGGAGCACAUGUACAGUGGGUUCCGCAGUAUGUGUAAGUGGUCAGGGUGCCUGUCCCACUAUCAAGCACUGCAACAUCAGCGACUGUGAGAACGUGGGACUUUACAUCACAGACUAUGCACAGGGUGUAUAUGAGGACAAUGAGAUCUCCAACAAUGCUCUGGCAGGCAUCUGGGUGAAAAACCACGGCAACCCCAUCAUCCGACGAAACCACAUUCAUCACGGAAGGGAUGUCGGAGUGUUUACCUUCGACCACGGCAUGGGCUACUUUGAGAGCUGCAACAUCCACCGGAAUCGUAUUGCUGGGUUUGAGGUGAAGGCUUACGCAAACCCCACGGUGGUGCGCUGUGAGAUCCACCACGGACAGACAGGGGGCAUCUAUGUGCAUGAAAAGGGUCGUGGCCAGUUCAUCGACAAUAAGAUCUAUGCGAAUAACUUUGCUGGGGUCUGGAUCACAUCUAACAGUGACCCUACCAUCAGGGGAAAUGCCAUCUACAAUGGUAACCAAGGUGGUGUUUACAUAUUUGGCGAUGGGCGGGGCCUCAUCGAAGGGAACGACAUCCAUGGCAACGCCUUGGCAGGGAUCCAGAUCCGGACCAACAGCUGCCCUAUUGUCCGACAGAACAAAAUCCACGAUGGGCAGCAUGGGGGCAUCUAUGUACAUGAAAAGGGGCAGGGUGUGAUCGAGGAGAAUGAAGUGUACAGUAACACUCUGGCGGGUGUGUGGGUGACCACCGGAAGCACACCGGUGCUGCGCCGGAACCGGAUACACAGCGGAAAGCAGGUUGGAGUAUAUUUUUAUGACAAUGGACACGGUGUUCUAGAAGACAAUGACAUCUACAAUCACAUGUACUCUGGUGUUCAGAUCAGAACUGGUAGCAACCCCAAGAUUCGGCGGAAUAAGAUCUGGGGAGGCCAGAAUGGUGGCAUUCUGGUAUACAACUCUGGGUUGGGUUUCAUUGAGGACAAUGAGAUCUUUGACAAUGCAAUGGCUGGUGUGUGGAUAAAGACAGACAGCAACCCUACGCUUCGCAGGAACAAGAUCCAUGAUGGUAGAGACGGUGGAAUAUGCAUAUUCAAUGGUGGUCGAGGUUUGCUCGAGGAGAACGACAUCUUCCGCAAUGCCCAAGCUGGUGUCCUCAUCAGCACCAACAGUCAUCCUGUGCUCAGGAAAAACAGGAUAUUUGAUGGCUUUGCUGCAGGGAUUGAGAUCACAAAUCAUGCCACUGCAACUCUGGAAGGCAAUCAAAUUUUCAACAACCGCUUUGGAGGCUUGUUCCUCGCCUCUGGUGUCAAUGUGACAAUGAAAGGAGUAGCUCUGGUGCAGCUGCCCACAGGAAGGCUGCAUGAAUCAUGAAGGGGAUUGGGGAAAGCUUUCGGGAGCCUCAUACCCAGAUGAGUUUAAACCAUGAGAGAGCGACAAGUGUCAGGCCUCUUGGGGUUCAGGGCUGGUGUGGUUCUGAGGCGUUGCCUGCUGCAUGGCGGUACUUGGGUCCCAGUUUGAGGCAACCCAUCCAGGUAGGCACGUGGAAUGUCUUGUGUCUCCCAAGAUGACAAUCUUCCUAUGCUGUCAGGGGAGCUUCGUAAACUCCACAUUUCGAUGGGAGCACGCUCUGAGGUACACACACCAGGGAGUGGCCAGAUCUCUGUAGGUGGGUAUACCUACUUUUGGUCAGGUCGGUCUGAUGGCUGCCAUACUCAGGAAGUAGCUAUUUCUGUAGCAGAUCAGCUCCUCCCGAUGAUGUCUGAUGACACUCCUUUCAACGAGCGUAUUAUGAGACUCCGGCUAUGGCACUCCUUGGGUGCCUUGUCUGUUGUUUCACUAUAUGCUCUGAUCGUGGUGAGUGAUGUCUCGUUGAAGGAGACAUUUUACUUGCAACUUCGCUUAGUGGUUGAAGGGUGCCUAUGAGGUGACACUCCUCUGGUCAUGGGACUUCUUCAGUGCAACCACUGGCACUGAAAGGGCUGGCUAUGAGGAUUGUGUCAGUCCCCAUGGGUCGGCUGAGAGUGGCUCCAUGUUCCUUGACUUUGCAAAAGGUUAGGGGCUGCAGGUCGCUGGAUCCUGGUUUCAAAGCCUUGAGCCGCAUCAUUGGACUUGGUACUCCAAUACUGGUGGUGCAGCGAAGGAGAUCGAUCACAACCUAGUUGGCAGGUGUUGGAGGCUCCUUCAGAACUGCAGGGUCUACAGAAAUGCCCAGUUUGUGAAUUCUGACCGCAGACUCUGUUGCUACUCUGAAGAUUCAGCUUAAAUCCACUAGACUACCACCUACAAGGAGAAUGAGGCUGGACAGAUGGAGCUGUUUCUGAGGCUGAACUUGGCCACGCUCAAAGAUCAAGCUGUUUCUGAUGAGUUUGCAUACAGUUUGUGUGAAUAACUUGCAUAUGGGUGCGAUUGCUGACUCCAGUGUGAUAUAGGAGAUUUUCUGUGAUAAGAACCUGAAGGGUUACCAAGGGCUGUGUUGGUGAUGCCAGUGUCCCCAGAAGGAGGUGUUUCAUCUCGCAGGGCACCCUGGAUAUUAUAGAGAGGAGUCACAGUGCACGGCUUGAUGUCAACUCGACAUUCAUGUCUCUGGUGACUGUUCCUAUGAAGUUGGAUUGAGAGACCAUGGAGGGUCAUGAGGUCACUGGAAAGGGGUGUGUGGCACUCCCGAUAUCUUUGCAAGAAGACAAAGGUCCAAGUCCUGGUGCUCCCUGUCAUGCUAUAUGGCUGUGAGACAUGGACACUAUCCAGUUAAC